AGAGUGCUAUUCUGCUACUGGUAGUGGUGAAAUAAAGUUUAACAUUUUAAUUGAUUGCUAGAUCCAAUUGUAGGUUGUGAUUAAUUCAGCCUAAUUUUCCUAGAUUAAUUGAUGAAAGUAGGUCAUCAUGACUGCCACCCACGAGAGCACCCGCAAGCUUGUCCACAUCCACAGCAUCUCCUUCAACAGCAACAAAACCUUCUUCACAGUUUGCCUGGAAGAGGGGCUGCGUAUAUACCAAACUGACCCGCUGGAACUCUACCAAUGUCUAUGCUGGAGUGUCUGUGGCAGCGUGCGUGUAGCGGAGCAGUUAGACAGCAGCUGUGCUGUGGUGAUGGCUGGUGGGGGCAAGCGCCCCAAGAUGCCUGACAACGUUGCCAUGCUCUACAACUUCUCCACCAAUGUGUUCGGUGCGCGCUUCAAAGUGCCUUCACCCAUACUCAACCUGCUAAUUAGAGAUGAUAAACUGGUGAUGGUGAUGCAGCGUGAGAUAGAAGUAUAUGACGUGUCGCUGUUCCCUCUGAACAACAUCCAGCGAGGCGUGACCUACACGACCUGCCCCAACGACAAGGGGCUCUGUCAGAUGUCCAGGGACUUUGCCGAGCAGCAUGUGCUCUGCUACCCUGGCACAACCGAAGGAUCUGUCCAAAUUGUUGUCAGUACUCGGCUGUAA